AUGAGGGGGCCGGCGUGGCGGGCGCUGCUGCUGGUGCUGGCGCUGGCCUUGGCGGACGCGGCGGCGGGGAGGUUCGUGGUGGAGAAGAACAGCAUCCAGGUGACGUCCCCCGACGAGCUCAAGGGCAAGUACGAGUGCGCCAUCGGCAACUUCGGGGUGCCGCAGUACGGUGGUACGCUGCACGGCUGGGUCGAGUACCCCAGGUCCAACCGGAAGGGGUGCCAGAGCUUCGACCAGUUCGACAUCUCCUUCAAGCCCAAGAAAGCCGGGGGACGACCCAACUUCGUCCUCCUCGACCGCGGAGAAUGCUUUUUCACUGUCAAGGCAUGGAAUGCCCAAAAUGCUGGAGCUGCCGCAGUUCUUGUUGUGGAUGACAAGCCAGAACCUUUAAUCACAAUGGACAACCCAGAGGAAGGCAAAGAACACCUAGAAAACAUCACUAUUCCCUCAGUGCUUAUAACAAAGAAAUUGGGGGAUCAACUUAAGAAAUCUGCAGAAGCAGGUGACAUGCUUAGCGUUCUUCUGGACUGGAGGGAAUCUCUUCCGCACCCCGAUGAGCGUGUAGAGUAUGAAUUCUGGACAAACAGUAAUGAUGAAUGUGGUCCUAAAUGCGAUAUGCAAAUGGACUUCGUGAAGAACUUCAGAGGAACUGCACAAGUUCUUGAGAAAAAGGGUUACACCCAGUUUACUCCUCAUUAUAUCACAUGGUAUUGUCCAGAAACUUUUGUCACGAGCAAGCAAUGCAAAUCACAGUGCAUCAAUCAUGGGAGAUAUUGUGCACCAGACCCUGAGCAGGAUUUUAGCCAAGGAUAUGAUGGAAAAGAUGUUGUGAUUCAAAAUCUGCAUCAAAUUUGUUUAUUCAAGAUUGCUAAUGAGACUGGCAAGCCAUGGUUGUGGUGGGAUUAUGUGCAUGACUUUGCACUUAGGUGCCCAAUGAAGGAUAAGAAAUACACACAUGAAUGUGCCAGUGAUGUUAUCAAGUCACUUGGAUUGGACGUUGAGAAGGUAAACAAAUGUGUUGGGGAUCCUGAAGCUGACGAGGAGAAUGAAAUUCUAAAGGCAGAACAAGAUGCUCAAAUUGGUAAUGGUAAAAGAGGAGAUGUCACAAUACUUCCGACCCUUGUCAUCAACAACAGGCAAUACAGAGGUAAAUUGGACAAAGUUGCUGUUCUGAAAGCAAUCUGUUCAGGAUUUGAGGAGACGACUGAGCCUGCUAUUUGUUUGAGCGAAGAAAUUCAAACGAAUGAAUGUUUGGACAACAAUGGUGGUUGCUGGCUGGACAAGGCUAAUAACGUUACUGCAUGCAAGGAUACCUUCCGUGGGCGUGUUUGUGAGUGCCCUAUUGUGAAAGGUGUAAAAUUUGUUGGUGAUGGAUAUACACAUUGUGAAGCUUCUGGUAUUGGUAGGUGUGAGAUUAGUAAUGGAGGGUGCUGGCAGGAAACUAAAGAUGGGAAGACGAUCUCUGCCUGCUCAAACGAAGAACCUGAUGGGUGUAAAUGUCCAGCUGGUUUCAAGGGUGAUGGAGUAAAAAGUUGUGAAGAUAUUGAUGAAUGCAAAGAGAAACUUUUCUGUCAGUGCAAGGGUUGCAGCUGCAAGAAUACAUGGGGAAGCUAUGAGUGCAGCUGUGGUGAUGACAAAAUGCUAUACAUGAGAGAGCAUGACACUUGCAUCAGCAAAGAGGGAACUACCGCAACUGUUGGCUGGAGCUUCCUCUGGGUUAUCUUCUUCGGACUUGUUUUUGCUGGGGUUGGAGCAUACGCAGUGUACAAAUACAGGCUGAGGAGUUACAUGGAUUCGGAGAUCCGCGCCAUCAUGGCUCAGUACAUGCCUCUGGAUAACCAAGAAGGAGCAAACCAGCAGCAUCAUGUCGCGCAUGCGGAUGAUAUUUGAAACGGCGCUCCUUUUUCUGGAGCAGCAUAGGAGGAGAGGGGCGUGCAACAUCUCACCUGUGCUGCCGCACCAAGGCACCAGUGGACAUCAGACUUUGCAGAGGUCAACUAGGCGCGAAAGAUACGGGUGGUGUGCGAGGAGAUUUGCCGUACCAUGUAUGAUUCUAAGAGAGACACAUUCUAAGAUAGGGGAUGAUACCAUCUUAGUUUAGCCCUUGUUCGCCUUUAGUUUUUGUUCAAACUUGUGUGAGUUCGUGUUGCCCCGUUUCAUAUACAUGUCUACACUCUGUAAAUACUGUUGUUCAGACCAUAGAUUUUCUCUUGACAAUACCUGAAUAAAGCUUGGGCCUACAAGGCUGCAAGCGUUAUAUAUACCAAUGCUUUAAAGCAUUGGUUAUACAUAUCUGUAUCUGUGAUUACAGGUUAGUAUUUCACUGU